GAUAAAUUGUUGCUAGUUCUUCAGAAAAUACGGUACCGUCAAGUUAAACUCGAAAAUUUAUUUGGAUUUUUAAACGAAAAUGAAAUUGAAUAUUCAUUUUGGGAUUCUCGUUGGUUUAAUUGUCAUGGCCGUCGGAAAAUGUAAAAAAUCGGCAAUCGAAGAGCCCGCGAUAUCUGCGGGACACUGUAUUGCCGAUCCGAAAUCGGAGGAAAAUGGAAAAAUCGUUUGCAGCCAGGAGACCGGAGUUGAAACGGAAAAAAUCGAGGGGAAUGCAGAAAAAUACAAAGAAUCCCAUCAAGAUAUUGCGGAAAAACCGCAAAAGCUCACGGAAAAUUACAGCGAACCUGUUCUAGAAUGCGCAAAGAAAGUUAUGGCAUGUAAAUCAGCGGAUGAGGCAUUUCUCGCAUUGUGGGACUGCGAUUCAUACGCGGAUUCGGUGAAACGUUAUCUUCUAGAAAUCGAUUGGAGAUUGGGAAAUUAAAUAUAAAGAAUAAUAAAUACCCAUGGAAUUGACUGUAUGCAAUUAAUUACUACGAUAAUUGUGCCAAUAAAAAUUUGUUGC